AUGAGCUCUUCCGAAUCCGCGUUCGCCAUAUCGGAUGAUAUCGAGCUCCAUCCAAUUGCCAAGUCCCGCUCAAACAGCUCUCGGGACUCUGCGGAGCAAAAUAGCCAGUUUUCGGACUUGGGCACCUCGCUGGGCCUGGACCCUUCAAGGUCCAAAUUAAAAUCCUUUCUAUACCGACUUUGGAACGGCCCGAUUGUCCCCCGCGACGAUCCGGUCCAGUUCAAAAGUGCCUACAUUCAGCAAUUCGAGUCGUUUCCCCAAAGGAUAUCGGCUCCUUUCCCGGCAAAGAUCAAACUUCCGUUCAUUUUGCUCUACUAUACAUUCUGGCUCUUCAUUCUCCAGCAGGCCCUUGCCCCAUACCUGACCGAACAGCCGACCUGGGAAGACGAGGUUUCCGGCAAAUCGCUCGACGUUAUCAGUAUCUCCUGUCGGCAGGAAAGCUCCAUCUGGAGAGGCAAAAACGCCCAGUGUGGACUAAACGGGAAAAAAUGUGCUCCGUUCGAGGACCGUGAGGUUUAUGUUCGUUGUCCGGCUUUGUGCGACUCCGAAUCCAUCGCAUACUCUUCGAUCUCGGUCGGAGAUCAAAAUAUCAAAUACAGAGAUUUCACCAUCGGUGGAGGAAGACUCAACUUCCCUGUCAACGGUUCGCUUUCAUAUCCGUAUCGCGCAGACUCAUUCCCUUGCGGUGCUGCAAUCCAUGCAGGCGUUGUGUCGCCUUACUUUGGAGGUUGUGCAAGAAUCAAAUUUGUUGGCGCACAAUCAGAGUUCCCGUCCAGGGACGGGUCUGUUGGCUUUAAUGGGUUCUUCCCUGCCUCGUUUGAGUUUGUGCAGCUUCCUAAAUGUCACAACUGCUUUGAUCCAAGAGUCCUGGUCGCAUUGAUCAACAUUCUGCUGGGGUUCCCGGUGAUGUUCUUAUCAAAUAGUGGUGCUCUUGCGUUUUGGACGGUCUGUAUCAGCGGGUUCUGGACAAUCAUCCUCACGUUUGAUCCUCCAAUGGUGGUGAAAGCUCAAGACCCGGAGUCGUUGGCUACCCUUAUUUCCUUGGGUUUCCAGCGUCUGCUACCAUUGUGCUUUAUUCUCUACGUUUUUUGGAAAAUCGCUUGCAAAACCACUCUGAGCUACCCAUCGUCUCCAAUCUGCAAAACUCUUAUCUGGUACCCACUUUUCUGGGUCGGAAUACUCAACAAUGUCACUUUCGAUAGACUCCCUGUCGACCGUCUAACAAUCACCGAUAUUCUUACCCAGCCCGGAUCGAUAUUUGCUACCCUGGGAAUUGUGGUGACAAUUGUUUGUGGAGCCGUUGUGCAGGCUUAUCAUUUGUGGAAAGCGGGCAAGUUCAGAGAGUAUUUGCGGUUGUAUGUUGGAUUUAUUGUCGCGUUGGUUGUGCUUGGAAAUCUAGCAGGACUCAAUCUCCGGAUCCACCACUACAUCCUGGCCAUGCUACUUCUACCUGGAACCAACACCAAAGGUCUGACAGCUAUGCUUUUCCAAGGAGUUCUACUGGGACUUUUGGUUAACGGAGUAGCUAGAUGGGGGCUUGCCUCGAUAGAAGAGACGGAUAGAUCACUAAGAAGAGCCGAUCCAACAGGUGAAAUUAAACCACCCACCUUUAUUGGCUACGAACACUCCAACACAUCGAUUUCGUGGAAAGUCCAGGAGACAAACACUCCAACAAUGGUUAAUGGUGAGUUCAUUUCUCCGCACGACAAGCUGAGUCAGUUUUCGUUGUUGAUCAACGAUAUCGAAUGGUACAACGGCCCAAACACUUCCGUUAGUUUAGAGACCUUGGCUGCGGAAAACAAGAUACUGAGCCAGCUCAUCCUAAGUUCAGACUCCUCUCAAGACCAGAACCUGUAUUUCCGUGUUAGCAGAUCUGGUGGAAAUGUGAGAAGCGAUUACACUAAUGCUGCGGUUCUAAAGUAUCCAUCCGGACAGUUUUCAUUUCCUAAGCCAGGUCUUACUAAAUAG